UGGGAAUUAAAGAAGGGGAGGAUAGAGGGGAAAUGGGUGUGGUGAAGUAUAAAACUUAGAUUACACCCCUCUCUUCAUUACUCUGACUCUAUUUCUCCAUCACCUUUCAAACUUACUUUCUACAACCUCUUGCCACUAUGUCUGGGGUCCAGCAAGCCAUGGCCCUCCUCAUCUCCUCCUUCCACAAGUACUCUGGUAAGGAGGGGGACAAGUACACCCUCAGCAAGGCUGAACUGAAGGACCUGCUCCAGGCAGAGCUGGGGGAGGUGCUGGGGAAGUCUAGUGACAAGGAAGCCGUGGAUAGAAUCUUCAGCGACCUAGACUCCAACAAAGACAACACUGUUGACUUCAAGGAGUACGUCACCCUGGUCUCAUGCCUCACAGUGAUGUGCAAUGACUUCUUCACCAAAAAGAACUAGAUUACCACCUGCUGGCCAUUGAGGAAAACUGCAGGAGGGGAAAACGAUCCAACAGGCUGAAAAUAUAUCCGAAAUCAUGUCGUAUCUUUAAAGGAAGUCGUUCUACACAAUACAAUAAAACAAUAAAGUAGAUUAAUUAAA